AUGGCUUCUAAUGCCCUGCAUCUCUGUGAAGGGAAUGGGGGACAAGGAAGCUGCAUGGAGUUUGGGGGAUCCCUAUAUAAACAACCCCCUUGUCCCAGCCCAGAGGUGGCUGCAUCUCUCUUUAAAUGUGCCUCCUUCUCCCUGCAGUCUGUGAAUGAGCUCCUGGAGUCAGUGAACGCCCCACUGGAGAUUGUGGAUGGCUUCAUCAAUAGCAUCGCGGUCGCCAUUCCCUGGUCGGCGCUGGUGACAGAGAACUGCACCGUGGAGGUGACAGGGCUGCAGGUCACGUGCCGGCCCAAGUACCGAAGUGCCGCCCCGGGAGCAGAGUCUCAGAGCUGGUCAUCAUGCAUGACCACGAGCAUGCAGCUGGCCCAGGAGUGCCUGAAGGACCAGGCUGAGGAGCCCCCCCAGCCUCUUGAGGGCCUCGAGAUGUUCGCCCAGACCAUUGAGACGGUGUUGCGGAGGAUCAAGGUGACGUUCCUGGACACCAUUGUUCGGGUGGAGCAUGUACCCAGCAGCUCCCAGACUGGAGUGGCCUUGGAGGUGCAUAUUAAAAGGCUGGAUUACUGUGACGAGGCAGGGAAGGACCCCAGCCAGGUGCUCCCAGUCGACAUCCACCAACCCCCGGCCUUCGUGCACAAGAUCCUGCAGCUGAGCGGCGUGUUGCUGUACUACGAGGAGUUCCCUGAAAGCGCAGCCUCGCCUGUGCCUGGCCCCCAGCCCGCACCCCAAAUGAGCGAGUCGUCGUCCUCAGCCAGUGGAGAGGCACCUGAGGGUCCUGACCCCCCUGGUCUUCCUCUGCAGAUUGGCAGCUGUUCUGGCUACAUGGAGAUGAGGAUCAAACUCAAGCAGAACGAGGCCUUCCCUGGGCCCAAGCUGGAGCUGGACGGCAAGCUGGGAUCUCUGCACCUUUUGGUCUCCCCCCAGCAGAUUUUCUACCUGCAUGACCUGCUGACAGCACUGUGUGUCUCAGAAGCAAACGGCCUGCAGGAGAAGCUAAGCAAGAGCCGCCCGCUGGACUCCGAGGACCUGAAGCUGAUUGAACAGGACCUGAGCCAACAGCUGCACGGGGGACAGGGCUUGGGGCUGGGCCAGCUUGAGGACUUGAAGAGCUUCGUGAGCCUGGAGAACAGAGAGAUGUUCUUCUCCAUGGCGGCCAUGACGAACAGUGUGACCUCUGUGCGCUCAGUCAGCGAUCUCUCCGACGGCGAGCUCGACUCCUCUAUGCACAGUGACUACAGCUCCUGCCCCCUGCAGCCACCUUCCUUUGCACCAGGGCUGAUGCUGAGCAGCCCCCGGCGCUAUGGCCGAUUGCCCUUUGCUGCUACCCUCCCGGGCCUGCAGGGCCUGAGCAAACUGCCGGGCAAGGCCCCCCAGAUGCCCUCUCUGGAGAACCUGCGGCCGGAGACGCUUCUCAGAGUUACGGUGGGCGGUCUCACCCUGACGGUCCCGCAUCAAUGGCCUGGCCCGCCCACCCCUCCCCAGCUGGCCCAGCAUUUCUUUGCGGAGUUGGCCUUCUUCAAAGACUCUGCCUUCGGUGGGCGGGACUUUGGGCACCUCCGCAAGUGCUUUGAGAAGGCCUGUCCUUGCAGUAACCUCAGGUUGACUGGAGCAGCCCUACAGGUCACCUGCCAGCAGAAAGCAGCUGGAGCCCUGCGCAUGCUCAGCUCGGAGGUGAGCUUUGGCAUGCUGGAGAUCCUGGAGUGCUUGUGGCCAAGCACCAGCCCCGAGUGUAGGCAGCAGAAGCCAGAGUACACAGAGCUAAUGACCUUCAAGAAUCCCAGUGCCUUCACCUAUAACUCCUCGGCCCGGCCCUGCGCCCAGAUCCACUACAAGCAGUCUGAGAAGCUGCCAUCCAAGAGCACUCUCAGGAAGGCUGGGGCUAAGCGAAGCUCGGAGCUGUUGGCGGAGCUGGCAGAGUUCCACUCUGAUGUGGACCUGGGUGUCCUAGACCGGCUUGGGUCCCUCCUCCAUCUGGGAGCAACAGCGUCCAUGCAAGAUCAAGUCCCUGGCCUCCGAGCGGACAUGAAUGUGGAGGCUGCUCUAGCCUCAGUGGAGCUGAGUGAUGUGGUGUUCCAGACGGAGCUGUGGGCAGGACUGGGGAGCCAUGGAGAGCCCACCCGGCUAGAGGUGACCUUCAGCGACUUGCAUGGUCUGUAUGAAGAUAACGAGAAGCUCGCCGUACCCUGCAUCCGGGUGAGCAAAGCCCUCGACCCUGAGGCCAAAGGACCGGGCAAGAAAUAUCUCUUCCCAAAGAUCACAGUGACCCUGACCCCCCAACACAGCCCGUCACAGUGGGACUUGGAGAUGGACAAGUCGGAGGAGAUGGAUCUGUCAAUGGUGGAGAGCCCCUGUGAGUUGCGGCGGCCAGAGCCCUCCCCCUUCUCUUCCAAAAGGACCAUGUAUGAAACUGAGGAGAUGGUGAUCCCUGGAGACCCAGAAGAGAUGGCGGAGUUCCAGGCCAAGACCGUGGCUGCCUCGCAAUAUGCCCUAGAAGUGACCCUGCCCAGUGCCCACAUCUUCCUGCCUAGCAAGGAGUUCUACGAGAGCAUCUAUAACAGGAUAAAUAACGACUUGCUGAUGUGGGAGCCAGCCAGCCCCCGCUGCUCCUCUGGGCCUGCAGCGGGUGCUGCACCUGGGGCCUUCUUCCCCGGCCACCCGCCCCCUCCUGCAUAUUGGCAGGACAAGUUCAAGAUGUGCAAGUCGGCCUUUAAACUGGACUCGGACUCUGAGGACGAGGACUCUCACUUCUACUCGGUGGAUGAGGCGGUGGCUCAGCGGAGGAAGGGGGAGCAGCUGAGCCAACACCAGCAGAGCCAUUUCUCGGCUGUGGUCUCUAUCCUGAAGGGCAGGGUGACAGCUCUGUGCGAGGCCAAGGAUGAGUCUGCGAAGAAGCUGGACGACUCUCAUGGAGAGAUUGUGCUGGAUGUGGACAGCUGCACCCUCUUCAGUGUGUCCCGGUAUAAGGGCCAGGAGGAGCUUGGCUACCUCUGCAUAGAGUCCGAGAGAGUCACCCUCUAUCAUAAAGCUGUGGUAGAGGACUACUUCCUGGCCACUCGUUUGGAGAUCCCCAGCUUCACCCCCCCGGACCGGCUGCACCCCACAAUCUACGCCUCAGAGGAGGGGGUGCUGAGUGGGUUGGCAGGUGGCAGGAAGGACAGGCCCCUCAAGAUGCUCUCAGCCACUAUUCGCAUCAACUUGGACUUGAAGAAGAACAUCAAGGAAUUCCUGGUCACCUUGAGGCUUGAAGGGGCCACCAUGCGACAUCACAUGGCGCUGACCAAUCAGAGCUGGUACACACAGCUGAUUGACUUCCUGGAUGUACUGGACGAUCCGAUUCUGGGCUUUCUCCCCCCUACGGUCAUUACGGUGCUGCACACCCACCUCUUCUGCUGCGCAGUUGACUACAGGCCCCUGUACCUUCCCGUCCGCGUGCUCAUCACGGCUGAGACCUUCACCUUGUCCAGCAACAUCAUCGUGGACACUUCGAUCUUCCUGCUCAGGUUUAUUCUGGAUGACUCUGCCAUCUACUUGUCUGACAAGUGCGACGUGGAGACUGUUGAUCUGCGGAAGGAUUACGUGUGUGUCCUGGACGUGGAUCUGCUCGAACUGGUCAUCACCACGUGGAAGGGGAGCACCGGUGGGAAGCUGACCCAGCCGCUGUUUGAGCUGCGCUGCUCCAACAAUGUGGUGCAUCUGCACACCUGUGCCGACUCCUGCGCCAUGCUGGCCAACCUUAUCCAGUACGUGGUCAACCACGGGGACCUCCACCCGCCACCCCGGCAGGACAGCCCCACAGAGAUUGCUGGCCAGAAGGUGCAGCUGUCAGAGAGCCCAGCUUCGCUGCCCUCCUGCCUGCCUGCCGAGACGGCCACCAUUAACCAGCGGGACCUGACUGACGCCCUCAUCGACACCGAUCGUGGCCUGAGGGACCUGGCAUCAGAGCCGGGAGAGGCCGGGCAGUUGCACCAAACCUCCCCCGUUUCCGUCUAUCUGUUCCCGGGGGAGAACGGUGCUGGGGGCAAACCCGGCCCCCCACCCCCUGCAGCCCAGCCCCCUGCCUCCGUGGAAGUGGGGCUAGAUCUCUGCUCCUCGGAGGGCAGCGAGGAGGAGAGCGAGGCCACUGACAAUGACGACUUCUGCAUCCUGGACGCGCCUGGCAUGGGCAUUCCACCCAAGGACGGUGAGCCUGUGGUGACAAAGCUGCUGGAGGGGCCAGUGCCCAUCAAAGACGGCUACUUCUCGCGCCCGCUGGGCAGCACAGACCUGCUGAAGGCUCCAGCUCACUUCCCCUUGCCAGAGAGCCGGGUCAUGCUGCGUGCGGGACUUUGGGGUCGGGCGCACCCCCCCAGGACAUGCCCACUCGCCCAGUCGAGUGCUCGCAGCUCCCCUUCCCGUUCCUCCAUGGCCAACCGGCCCCAGAACACCUGGCGUACGCAGGGCGGGACUGGGCGCCUCCACGAUCAGCUCAUGGAGAUACAGCUCACCAAGGUGAGCUUUCAGCAUGAGACCUACCCCAGUGGGGCAGAGAAGCCGUCCCCGGAGCUGGAGGAGCAGCCAGUGUCGCGGCAGGUGUUCAUUGUGCAGGAGCUGGAGAUACGUGACCGGCUGGCCUCCUCCCAGAGCAACAAGUUCCUCUACCUGUACACCAGUGAGAAGAUGCCACGCCGGGCCCACUCCAACAUGCUCACCAUCAAGGCCCUGCAUGUGUGCCCUGAGGCCGGACUGGGAGGCCCCGAGGGCUGCCUGCGUGUGUCUCUCCUGCCGCUGCGCCUCAACAUUGACCAGGAUGCCUUGUUUUUCCUGAAGGAUUUCUUCACCAGCCUGGCUGCCAGCAUUAAUCCCGUGUUGCCUGUGGAGGCUGGGACAGAAGCCCCCCCAAAUCCAGGGGUCCGAGCCAGCCCAGCCGAGUCAGACUCUCUGGGGAAGGAGCCUGAAGUGAGCCGGGGGCCAGGGUUGGUGCUGGUGGGGGUGGAGAUGACGGCUUCCAUGGAGACCACACUGAGUGAAAACAGCUCCUCCUCCAAUGCCUCGUCCGCCACGGACCAACCCAUCUACUUCAGGGAGUUCCGGUUCACGUCAGAAGUGCCCAUCUGGCUGGACUAUCAUGGGAAGCACAUGACCAUGGACCAGGUGGGCACCUUCGCUGGGAUCCUCAUCGGCUUGGCCCAGCUCAACUGCUCUGAGCUCAAGCUCAAGCGCCUCUGCUGCAGACACGGGCUCCUGGGCGUGGACAAGGUGAUCAGCUACGCCCUCACUGAGUGGCUGACGGACAUACGCAAGAACCAGUUGCCAGGCAUCCUGGGCGGCGUGGGGCCCAUGCACUCUGUCCUCCAGCUCUUCCACGGCCUGCGUGACCUGUUCUGGAUGCCCAUCGAGCAGUACCGCAAGGACGGGCGCAUCAUCCGGGGGCUGCAGCGCGGGGCUGCCUCCUUUGGGACCUCCACAGCCUCGGCUGCCCUGGAGCUCAGCAACCGCCUGGUGCAGGCCAUACAGGCCACAGCUGAAACAGUCUACGACAUCCUGUCUCCAACCUCUCCUAUGACACGGACCCUGCUGGAUAAGAAGCAUGCCCGGAAGCUGCGCCGAGGCCAGCAGCCAGCUGACCUCCGUGAAGGCGUGGCCAAGGCCUACGAUACCUUCCGAGAGGGCGUGAUUGAUACAGCUCAGACCAUCUGCGACGUGGCUGCACGGGGCCAUGAGCAGAAAGGCAUCACAGGGGCGGUGGGCGGAGUCCUGCGUCAGAUCCCUCCCACCGUGGUCAAGCCUCUUAUCGUGGCCUCGGAGGCCACCUCGAACCUGCUGGGGGGGAUGCGCAACCAGAUCAAGCCAGAUGCCCGCAAGGAGGAGUCUCUCAAGUGGCGGUUGGAGGAAAGCCAGGACUGACAGUACAGACCAUGUGCCACAGAGCCCAGCCCUACUGCCUGGACACGACGACGGCUUACCAUCUCCUUCUCCUUGGGGGGGGGUGCCAAAUCCUACCCCCUUUGGGGAGCUGCUGGCCCCUCCAACCAGGCCAUGCGAAGGACACAGUGCAGUGAUGACUGCAAUUUGAACCAAGGAGCCAUAAUUCAAGGGGGGCAGUCAGCUUGAAACCAGGGGAGGGAGCUAAUUUAACCCUUGUCCAUGGUUGCUUGGGACUUGCUUUUAUACUGAUCAGCCCCUCGAGUCCUCCCUUGCAUGAUCCUUGCAGCCGCCGCCCCCAAAACCAAAUGAGGAGACUGAGUAUUAAAGGAAGUGAGUGGUUUUCACUCA